AGUCUUCCAUCAUAGAUUACUCUCACCGACACUACAUCACUUCUUAGAUUAUCCUGACUGUCACGAAACGAUGGCGUGGUCAAAAUCCAAUCGAAUUUCGGUCAUGUUGGCUAUUGACACGGCCUUCUUCCUGUUGGAGCUGGGUGUUGGAAUGGUCGUGGGCUCUCUGGCUCUUAUGGCAGAUGCCUUUCAUAUGCUCAACGACAUCAUCUCCCUCGUCGUUGGCUUGUGGGCUGUAAAAGCUGCUCAGAAACCACGGUCCGACAAAUACUCAUUCGGGUGGCUAAGAGCAGAGAUUCUUGGCGCGUUCUUCAAUGCUGUCUUCCUCAUCGCCUUGUGUCUCUCCAUCAUCCUCGAAGCAAUUACUCGUCUCCUCGAUCCUCCGGAGAUCAGCAACUCCAAACUCAUCCUUAUCGUUGGCUCGUUGGGACUCGCUUCAAAUCUUGCGGGGUUCUUUGUAUUAGGAGGGCACUCUCACGGGGAUACAGAGCACGAUGACCCUGUUGACGACGUCCGCACUGUGGAGGAAGGAUACGGUAGGCAUACUGGCGCGAUUCAAGCAGAGUAUUCAGACAGGACACAAACAGUUGCACCUUCGCAGAUCCGGACCGUCUCCUCAAGUAAAACAGGUGCGAAUUCGAAUCUACGCAGACGACGAAGCAGUAAACUCGGAGGCAUCGUGGAUGGGAGCAUGUAUCCUGCAAGCUUCAGACAAGGAAUCAUUAGCGCCAGCAAGUCUACCACAAUUGGAGCUGGGACCGCGACUGUUUUGGACGAGUCCGAAGACGAUCCCGCAGAAGAGCAUUCCGAAACUUCGCCACUUGUGAAGAGCAAAAGUGACGGCCCGUCCCAGAAGCACCGCAACACGCAUAGCCAAUCCCGUAAAGGAUCUCGGUCGGGGCCUGCGCAUAGCAGUCAUAAUCACAGCAAGCCCGUGAAGAAAGCCAAUGGCGACACUGAUAUGGGCACCAGUGCGAUGAUCUUGCACGUCGUUGGAGAUGCGCUCGGUAAUGUGGGUGUGAUUGCAUCGGCGCUCAUUAUCUGGCUUACUCCAUGGUCUGGCCGGUUCUACGCCGAUCCUGCUGUGUCCCUAUUCAUCGCAGUCAUCAUCUUGAAGACGACCAUACCUUUGACUACCGCCAGCGCCAAGAUACUACUACAAGGUACCCCGGAUCAUCUUGACAUUAACGAUAUCAAAGAUGAUAUUCAAGAGAUUCCAGGAGUUGUCAACUGUCACCAUAUCCACUUGUGGCAGUUGAGCGAGACCCAGCCAGUUGCGUCCCUUCACCUUCAACUCGAUUUCCCUAUUGAGGAAGGUGGGGUUGCUGUGAGAUACAUGAUACUAGCAAAGGCGGUUCGAGAAUGUCUGCAUGGAUAUGGAAUACACAGCGCUACCAUCCAGCCUGAGUUCUGCUUGAACGAUAAACACGACCAUGCAGGGCAGGCGCACCCAUCGACAAGUCCAGACGGCUCUCAAUCACCGCGUCAGGUAGAGGGAUUGGAUCAGGACGUAUGCUUAAUCGGUUGUGUAGAUGACUGCGAGGAAAGUACCUGUUUUUAGCUUUUAUUGGAUAUGGAUGAUGUUUGACAAUAACACCUGUAUUGAGAACUUGCUACGUGCGAAAGAUGAGAGUGGAUACUUGGCACACGUGCACAACGCUCGAGAAGUCUAUGCCUGGUCUUCCAUUGUCUUGUUACUAGAGAUGUAUUACAUGCAGAAGCC